AUGGAUGCUUCCGAGUACAAUGAUUGCAAUCGCGCCUUUAUUCAGGCGUUCAUGUCGCGCUCCACCAUGACCUUGGAACAAGCUCAGCCAGUCCUAGCGGCGAUUUUAUCAGCUCAUGAAAACCGCGACGUUGACCCGACCGAUAUCACCUUGGAACACCUCUCCUCCUUCAUCUCGCAGGCCAAUACCGCAAUCUCUCCCUUUGACCUCGAAAUCAGAAGCUCUCUUCGCCAGGACUCCAAGGAUGACUCUCCAGAUGCGCAGGAGGUUUCACCGACGCGAAUAUAUGCUCUCGUCAACACAACCAGUGACCCUAUGACCCAACUUGCAACAACCUACUCUGCCGAUGAGAUCGCUUUCGUCAAGCGCAUUCUUGACUACAUGUUUGUUACAAAGAAUAAUCGCCUGUGCGAAGGCAUGGUCAUUCAUUCAAUAGACGCUUUGAACCUUAGCAGGGUUUCUGGCGACAGACAGAGAUCAACGAACAUUGGGACACAGCCUUCUGAAGGCGGAGCGGCACAGAGCUUGUCCAUGACUCAGGCUGAAGAUAUGAUGAAGAACCUUGUCAAAGAAGGCUGGCUGGAGAAAAGUCGCAAGGAUUAUUUUAGCCUAACUCCGAGAGCCUUGAUGGAGCUGCGCGGCUGGUUGGUCGCGACAUAUAAUGACGAGGCUAUCGAUGGACGAAAGAUUGAGCGCAUCAAGUUUUGUGCGGCCUGUCGGGAAAUCAUUACAUCAGGUCAACGUUGUGGCGAACGUGAUUGCUCCGGCCGACUCCAUGACCACUGUAUGCGCAACUUCUUCCGAAUGCAACAGGCAGAAGAUUGCCCUACAUGCAAGAAAUCUUGGCCCGGAGACAAGUACGUGGGUGAAAGGGCUGUCAUGGCGAUGGAUCGGAGGCGAAGUCGGACAGUUCCACAAAAUACAGCAUCCUCUCCGAGACAACAAAACGGCCAUGUCGGCUCUGACGAUGAGAAUAUGAGUGAUGAAGAGGAGGGAUGA